AUGGAAGGCUCUCGACCUAUUGGCGUGGCACUGCUUCCGGGAGUGGAGCCUGGCAAGAGCGAGUUCCGGGCCUCGUGGAAGAAUAAAAGCUCAAGUGCCAUCCUCCAGGAUGUUGAAGGAAUAGGAAUGCCUCUUGUUCACGACUCGGGCCGCUAUCAAUCACAGUUUGCUCCUAUCGUAGAUAAGAGAAAGGCAGCUUAA